GAUACCAAAGAUCGCGCGAUGCUCCACAGCGCGGUGGUGACGACGGACAAUGCGAAUGUGCUCCUGGCACGCUACUUCCUCCCGCUCACCACGGAGUCCAAGCGCAUCUUCGAGCAGGCUCUCUUCAAGGCUGUGACAUGGUCGGCGCUGGCGUCCGUGACGGACGACGCAGCAGACGCGCACCUUGUCGUGUGCGACGGUCAAUUUGUCGUGUACCGCAAGUUUGGCGACCUUGUGUGGUUCCUUGCUGGAAGCGGCGAAUACGACGAACUCAUAUGCCACGACACCCUGACCACGCUGUUGUCCGUAUCAGCGGUGCACAUGGAAAAGAAGUACACAGAAGCCUCGUUCCUUGCCAAUCACUCCAAGAUACUGGUCUCGUUGGACGAAAUGGUGUUCCAGGGCCACCUCGACAACAACGACGUUCAAUCCAUUUUGCAAAUGACCAAGCUCAAGGCAUACCCCCCGAAAGCUUAGUUCAUGCAUACCCCUGCUACUAUUAAUCACGUUAACGUUAGCACGAUAUUGCACCG